GACAUUUCUAUCAAGCCUUAAGAACGCCUAAAAAUGAAUAAGCUUCUCAGGAUUUCCAGAUUAGCGCGUGUAGUGCUUAAUCAACAAGUCUUGGUAAGAUCCACUCCAGUUGGGGUUAGAUGUUUUGCUACAUCACCUGUUUGGAAGAAUGAGAUAAAAGCUGAACCAGUUAAGAUUGAACAAACAUCUGAGCUGACAACUAAUCAAGAAUCCACUACAAAUGAAAAACCAGAAGCUACCUCAGAGGCUGCUAUUACUCCAGAAGACCUUUUUGAACAAGGAUUAUUACAUAAGGAUAUCUAUAGGGCCAUUAUUCCAAGAUUUAAAACUCUUACACCAGUACAACAAAGAACUAUCGGUCCAGCCUUGACUACAGAUAAGGGUGUUGUUGCCCGUGCUCGUACCGGUACCGGUAAGACUUUAGCUUUUGGUAUCCCAAUUUUGCAAUUUGCCUAUGCAAACAAGGAAACUAGUGGUAAAAUUCAUUCCUUGAUCAUUACUCCAACUAGAGAUUUGGCCUUCCAAAUCCGUGAUGAAUUAACAAAGAUUAUCAAGAACCUUCCAGAACGUGCCAAGAAGCAAGUCCGUAUUGACUGUCAUGUAGGUGGUACCAGAGCCAAUAGAUUGAGAACUCGUGAAGUUCCUUCUAUUUUAAUCGCCACCCCAGGUAGAUUAAGAGCUAACUUGGAAAACCGUGAAUUUGUAUCUACAUUCAGUGACUUGAAGUUCAGAGUGUAUGAUGAAGCUGAUAGAUUAUUAGAAGCUGGUUUUGCAGAAGAAUUAUAUUCUAUUUCUCGUACUUUGGAACUGGCUCAAGAAGAAAGUGCUGAACCUUUCCGUUCUUUGUUAUUCAGUGCCACUGUUGAUAACUCUGUUGAUAAAUUUGCCAAGCGAGUCUUGGGUAAUGACUAUCAAUUUAUUGAUUGUGUUGAUAAAGAUGCCCCUGAAGCACAUGCUAACAUUGAACAAACUCUUGUGAAGACCGCCAAUAUCACUGAGAGUAUCAGAGGUUCUUUAUCUUUUAUUAUGGAAAACAUUCAUAAUCCAAAGUUCAAGGUUAUCUUAUUCGUUCCAACCACUGCUGCUGCUGAUUUCUUUUAUGGUGUCAUUUCUGAUUUAGUUGACAAAGAAGCUUCUAAAUCAAAGUUAGACACCACAGUUCACAGAUUACAUGGAAAGUUAACUCAAAGUGCAAGAGAUAGAGCUGUUAAGAAAUUCCAUUACACUACCUCUGGUAUUUUGGUUACCACUGAUGUUUCUGCUAGAGGUCUUGACUUCCGUAACAUUUCUGAUAUUGUCCAAGUUGCUCCAAGUUCUACACCUGCUGAUUAUAUUCAUAAGAUUGGUAGAACUGCAAGAGCUGGUAAGACAGGUAAGGCUGUUAUUUUCUUAUCUAAGUCCGAAGGAAAAUUUGUUAGAACUUUGGCUAGUUCUAGAAAGAUUAAGUUUGACAAUGAAUAUGAUUAUGUUCCAAGUGACAAAAAUGAUGCUGCCAUCAUCGAAUCUGUUGCUAACCUUUCGAUCACUAAUGUUGAAUUAUUUAUGAAGUCUAUGUUGGCAUUCCAAAAGUCUAUCCAAACCAAAUAUCAACUCCCAUUCCCACGUAUUGUUCAACAACAUGGUGACCUUUUCAGAUACUUGGUUAACAAUUCUGAAGCCAAAAUUCAAGCUGACCAAUUAUUUGUUAAAAGAGUUUUGAGUCUUAGAGGUCCUGAAGUUAAUGCCACCUUUGACUUGAUGGAUCGUAAAGAAUAUCUCAGAAAGGGACCUGCUUUGAAUAAGGGAUUCCAGGAUGAAGAUAGCGAAUCAGAUUCAAGAAGUGAGAGAAGACACUAUGGUAACUCAUAUGGCAAUGAUAGACCACAAAGAUCAUAUGGUGAAGGAAGACCAAGAUAUGAUAGAAAUGAUGGUAACGAAAGAUACAAUGGUGAUGGAAAAUCACAGCGUUACUCUUCUUUUGACAAAGGUGGAAGAAACAAUGGCUCCAGAAACUUUGGUGGAAGAAAUGGUGGAUACAAUAACAAUAGAGGUGGUAGAUCAAACUACGAGUCAAGAGGUGGGAGAGACUCCAGAUUUGAUAAGUACAGAGAAGAUUAAAUUGGCAGGUACUAUAUUUUGUAUAUAAUUCGAACAUAAUUUGUAAAUAAUAUUGAUUUUUUUUGAACAAAUGGAAUUUGUAUAAAUUAAUAGGUUUCUUUCACUUUGUAAUUAAGUAUUGUA